AUGUUGGGAAAGUUUUCUAGGAAGCUCAAGAAGAUCCAACCUCCCGAAUAUGUGUCCUUUGAGGAAGAUCUAACGCUCUCCCAUGAAGAGGAGGUUCCACAAGAGGUCGCAAGAAGAAGCAUGUAUGAUUUUCACGAAAGACACACGGAAGAAGGCGGUAGUAGGGUCUACGAAGAAGGAGACGACGAAACUCUAAGGAGCUACAUUGCCCGCGUCUCUAGCUGA